AUUUAAUGGAAUCAACAUAGUUAGACUUUAAGAUAGACAUAUAACCUAAAAGAGUUACAGAUCAUAUAGAGCCUGAUUUAGAUCUUACUGUUGACAAAUAUGAUUCAGUUUAUUAAAAUAAUCAACAAGAAGAAGAAAUAGAAGUAGCUAAUGUAAAUUAAACGACUAAUUAAAUAAGAAAGAUCUUUUAGUCCAAUAAUAUGAUAUAACAGAAGCUGCUCAUCCUAUAAUUUGUAUAGCUGCUGUUAUACUAACAGGGCUACCAGGAUUGAGCUUUAUUGUUUUAGAGGAUAUGUUAAACACAUAUGUGUUAGUUGGAUUAUUAUAAUUAAUUCAGUUUAUUUUGAUGAAGAAUUAUUUUGGAAAACAAUUGGUUGGGUUAAGUUGGUGGAUUGAAAUAAAAGGGGAACAAUGGAAUGUUUAAACUUAAACAUAAGAAAAGAAUAAAAAAGUAGAUUAAUGCUUUUUUUGGGCGUGUAUUGUUUAUGGAAAUAUAUUUUGGGCUGUGAUAUUUUUAGGAGACUUUCUUGGAUUAAAAACUUAUUGGGUAAUGAAUAUAGAUUAUAUAUAUAUUAAGUUGCCAUUGUCAUUGAUAUGCCUAUUAUCAUCUGGUGUAAAUUUACAUGGAUUUUAUAAAUGUAGAGGUGAUCAUAAGAGAAAGUUAUAAGAAUUAAAAAGAGAGAUGGCAAGGAGUGGUUUGAAUAUAGUAGGGAUGAUUUUGAAAUGAGA